UGUGUGUGUGUGUGUGUGUGUGUGUGUGUGUGUGUGUGUGUGUGGGACAGAGUGGCAGCUUUGUGUCUGUUGAGGUUGCAGUCGGAGCAGUGAUGAAUCUUAAACAGGCCUGUAGUAGCUGCUGUGUGUCACACACUGUGUUGUUGUUGUUUAUCAAUAAACUAUUGUUUUCUCUCUCUCUGCAGUUCAGGACCUCCCACUGGCCGUCGUCCCGCCCCGCCCCACCCGCCUGUCCUCUCCGGCUGCCACAGUACUUGUAGGAACAUCUGAGUGGUUUUGAAGAUCCGAGUGGACCCGGGCCGUGACCUGAUGAGACCAGCAGGCUGACAGCAGCUUCACUGUGAUCUUCACCGUCCUGCAGCUCAAACACAACCAGAGUUUCACCUGAACAUGUAGACUGAAGACUGCUCACAGUCUGCAGCUCAAACACUUUGCUCUCCUGAAGGGAAACUAAUCAAACGAAGAUGUAGCUGCACCGUGACCGGGACCAGCGCSUUCAGCAGCUAACGGCUCAUCAGCGGCUCCAGGUGAGCAGGUAGCGGUGGCUGGUGGUUGAGUGUGGGUGGAGCGGGGGUGCGAUGGAGUACCACUCCGGUGGCAGCCUGCCCCUGCUGGGGAGACCACGGUACUGCCCUGGAGCUAACGCUAACGGUGGCUAUCUGUGCGAGACGGGACACUGCUGCGGAGAGACGGGCUGCUGCACGUACUACUAUGAGCUGUGGUGGUUUUGGCUGCUGUGGACUGUCCUCAUCCUGUUCAGUUGCUGCUGUGCGUACCGACACCGCCGAGCCAAACUCCGGGUCCAGCAGCAGCAGAGACAGAGAGAGAUCAGCCUGCUGGCCUACCACGGAGCCAACUCCUUCCCCUCGUCCAUGCUGGACCUGAGUUUCCUGGCGUCGCUGAAGCUCCCGUCCUACGAGGAGGUGGCAGCUCAACCCUCCACCCCUCCUCCUCCCUACAGUUCUGUGUUUACCACCCCUCGUUACCCACAGCCCCCGCGUGCCGCUGAUCCACAUCUGCUCACACAACACGGCCCGCUGCUCCACCAACCUCUGAGUGAUGGGCCCUCCUCCCUCAGCUCCGACAACAGCUCCAGUUGCUCCUGCGACUCCUGCUGCCCCUCUUCUCCAUGUAGCUCCUCCCUGUCAGCGCCUAUCACCUACGAGACUGACACAAGCCACGCCUCUACGCCCAGUGAAGCCACACCCCUCACACAUGAUGUCACCAUGGAAACUAUAGCCGCUGCCGCAAGUUGCUUGGGGUCAAACGAGACACGGCUUCCCUCAGAGAGAACGAUCGCCACGGUGGCCAUUGAAAUGGAAGAUGGCGAAGCCGCCAGAGCUCAGGAACCAAACGCCAAGGAGUCAUCACUUCCUCGCCAGACUGUUACCACGGCAGUUGUUACCAGGGCGGCCUCACCUGGCRUGGAGCUCACUCUUCCUGUUGCAACAUCUCCCAUAAACCUACAGGUCGACACCGCAUCGCAGUCUCCAAUCAUCAGCGCCGGUAGCUCCAGCACACUCCCAAGUCCRAGUCCUAAUGCCACGCAGCUCCCAUCCAUCAGAGUCGUGAGAACUGGAAGUGUGUCAGGACCUCCUACACCAACAGCCAGCUCGGCUGAAAGUUGUACGACCACCCAAACCCCUGAAACUCUCAGCUUAACAAGAACUUUGAAUCCAGUCAGUGUUCCUUGUAGCCCAGCAUCAGCACCUCCUCCUGAAGUUCACAGAACUUUGGCCUUCGAGACAACCUCUGACAUCCUCCUGAGCCAAGAUCAGAGUCUUAGCUUGGUUGUGACACCCACAACACUUAGCCAGACUUCAUUACCUACAAACCUAACCCRAGAACCACCGCUCUUUGAUCAUACUCAAGCUACAGAUCCUGCUCUGUCAAAGCUUAGCCCACUUUCAAACCCUCAAACCAUCUUGGACCCAAAUUCCAUUAGAAACUCCAUUCCAACUCUAAAACCUACAUAUUUAAACCUUAACCAAGAUACAGAUGCAGCACCGGUGUCACCCUCAUUGGUGCAACGCCAAAACCUGGAACAGUCACCUGGUUCAGGUUUGAUCCAAACACUUCAAAGUCCUGGGUCAGGUUUGGUCCAGAUUUCUCAAAGUCCUGGGUCAGGUUUGGUCCAAACAUCUCAAAGUCCUGGGUCAGGUUUGGUCCAAACAUCUCAAAGUCCUGGGUCAGGUUUGGUCCAAACAUCUCAAAGUCCUGGGUCAGGCUUGAUCCAGACACCUGGGUCAGGUUUGGUCCAAACAUCUCAAAGUCCUGGGUCAGGUUUGGUCCAGACACCUGGGUCAGGUUUGGUCCAGACACCUGGGUCAGGUUUGGUCCAACACUCUGUUGUAUCUUAUUUAGAGUUGACUUCAUCAGCCGGUGGUUCAGAAUCUGUUCUGGUCCCAGAUAAAGUAUCUGAGUCAAACCUUAGUCCAGCAUUGCCUUCGGUUGUCCAGGCUGGUUUUAGCCCUGGUUCUGGAUCACCAUCAAGAUCAAAUCCUCUGUCCAGCCUAACUCCAGUCCUUACCUGUCCAACACCUGAGGCCACGUCCUCCUCCUGCCCAGCCAUCACUAUCGAGCCUGAAACGUCUCGUUCACCUCUUGCCGUUCUGUCUCCGUCCUCCCCUCGGUCCCCUCGGUCCCCUCUGUCUCUCGCAGCACCAGCUCUACUCUUGGACCCCCUCACUGCUUUGCAGCCGUCCGACAAAGGUGGCUCUUCCUCUGGCCACGCGUCCUCCCUCUCCCCCUCUCCCCGCGCUACUCAGUCCCCACCGAAACAGACCGUCUUCUCCCCGUGCGUGGACAUUUUCGAACCCGGACCUCCCAGCUGGGAGGAUGGAGAAGAGGAGCGGGACGACAAGGACAACGACGAAGACGAGGACGACGACAUGGGAGCCGACGAGAGCCAGUACAGACAUCGACGACUCACCGGGGACUCUGGGAUUGAGGUGUGCAGGUGCAGAGUGGAGGACGAGGAUGACGACGAAGAGGAGGAGAAGGAGGACGGCAACUCUGGAGUGCAUGAUAGUGUGGAUUGUCCUGCAAGAGGUCAGAUGAGCACAGGGGACGAACUUUCACUGUGUACACCCACCGCCGCUGUCACCUCGCCAAUGUCUGAUGACAGCAGCAAAGUCGUCAUUGUCAUGGAGAAAGUUUAACAGAUUAAGAUCCUGACGCAGUUCUGAACUGAUGCUUGAGAUAUCUCAUAACUGCAGUGCUUGAGGAGUUAGAUGGCUGAUUGUCACUGUUAAAUUAUUAGAGUUAGAGCGAAGGUUCAGAUGGAAACAUUAGCUCAAUAUGACUAUUUUUUCUAAAGAAAAGUGGAAUUUUCGUAGCCAAGUCUGUAUACAGAUGUGAUGAGUUAGAUCGAACUGCAGCAUGACAGAGUUGUUGAUGGAAAAAAACCUUCAUGACCCAACACAUGUUCACCUUUUAUGAACAAAAUUCAAACAGGAAUCUUAAUUUGUCCUUUAAUAAAGUUGCUGUAAGCUUUAGUGAACGAAUCUACAGAAAGAAACCAAUAUGGGAUAAAUCUUGUGCCAACAGGAAUUGAAUCUGAAUUGCUCAGAUUGAAUCUGAAUGUUCAUAAUUUGAA